AUGUCGAAAGUAACUCCAAGCGGCGGCGAUGCCCCGUUCAGUCCUACCAGAAUCAGCAGACUUGAGGAGAAACAGCAGCUCAUGAACCUCAACGACCGCCUGGUCGUUUACAUCAACAAGGUCCGCAACCUGGAGACGGAAAACAAGAAACUGAAUCUGAAAAUCGGCAACAACGAGAAGGUGAGAAGCGGAGAGCUGAGCGGCCUGAAAGCUCUGUACGAGACGGAACUCGCUGAUGCCAGACAUUGUUUGGACGACUCCUGUAAACAACGAGCUUGGCUCGAGAUCGAACUUGGACGACUUAAAUCUGAGCUUGAUCAACUUCUGCAAUGCUACUGUAAGAGGGAUUCCGAGGCAGCAGGAGCGGAGGCCCGGCUCAAAGACUUGGAAGCCCAGUGCAACACAAAAGAUGCCAUGCUUGCUACAGCUUUGUCUGCAAAGAGUGGCCUGGAGACCUCUUUGGCCAGCAUGCAAGACCAAAUACAAGAGUUGGAGUCAGGUAUCACUAAGACAAAAAAGCACCUUACUGAGGAGAUGCUCCUUCGGGUGGAUUUGGAAAACCGCUGCCAGAGUUUGUUCGAGGAGAUAAACUUUCAAAAGAACAUGCAUGAGCAGGAAGUGAAGAAGGCACGUCAGCAGUACGAGAUGGACUCCGGGCGAAAGGAGUACGAGUAUAAGUUGACUCAGGCCUUGGCUGCCUUGAGAAGACAGAAUGAGGAGCAGUUAAAGAUCUACAAAGACAACAUUGAGAAGACCUACAUCUCCAACAUAGAGGAACUGCGUUGUACGUCUGAGAAGAACGAAGCAGCAGCCAUCAUUGCCCGGGAGAAUCUGAAAAAGGCGACUUUAAGGAUCGAGAGUCUCAGCUCCCAGCUGGCAGCACUACAGAAGGAGAGUCGCAGCUGGCGUGAUUGCAUCGUGGACCUUGAGGCGGCACUGGCUCAUGAGAAAGACACCAGCCGCAAACUACUGGCGGAAAAAGACCAUGAAGUGGCUGAGAUCCAAGCAAAGAUGCAGAAACAGUUGAAUGAAUAUGAACAGCUGUUGGAUGUUAAAUUGGCUCUGGACCUGGAGAUCAAUGCGUACCGCAAACUUCUAGAGGGAGAAGAAGAAAGAUUAAAUCUCUCCCCCAGCCCUUCCUUGAAUGUAGCCGCGUCGCCAGUCUCUUCUAACACCCGCAGUGUUCGUACAACCCACGGAAAGAGGAAGUUUGUUAGCGUUGAGGAACAGGAAGCCAGCAGUCCUGUGUCCAUUGCUCAUCCCUCCUCAGCCACAGGUCCCCUAUGUAUUGAUGAAAUCGAUACGAAUGGCAAGUUUAUACGCUUCCAUAACUCUGGUCUUGAGGACCAGGCCAUGGUGGGCUUCCAUGUCAUUAAAACCAUUGGAAAUGCGACCGCCCGCUUUAAGUUCUCACCCAGACAUACCAUGAAGGCUGGUCAGAAAAUGACGGUUUGGGCGUCUGAUGCUGGUGUGAGCACCAAACUUCCUACAGAUCUGGUUUGGGAAAACCAUUCAUGCUGGGGUUCAGGUCAGGAUGUUCAUGUGGUUUUGGUCAACUGCCAGGGAGAGGAAGUGGCGGAGAAACGCAUGACUUACAAGAUGACAACAGACGAAGGUAACAGCGAGGAAGAUAAUAAUGGAGAGAAUGAGGAGCGCUUCUACAAGCAUCAAGAUGAAGAUAUGGCCACCAGAGGCUGCUCCGUCAUGUGAUCCCUCUCAGCCAAUCAGCAAUAAACAUCUCAGAAUCCCCCCGCCGUUCAUCUGCAAGUUAUAUUACCAAAAUUAUUAUUCUAUCGUCAUUAGACUUUCUCUUUUCCUACACCAGCAGAAAUGCUUUUAUUACGCAAUAUACUGGAUUGGAACUUUUAUUUUGAAAUGUGUGUCAAGUCAAGUGUUUAAAGGCCAGGGGUCGAAUGAGUAAUUUGAUGUUUGUUUAAAACGACCACUGGAAAAUGUGUUUUUUCAUAUUUCGUUUUUUGUAGUAAAACAAAAAUGAAUAAUGUUAUAGUUUGUCUGAUUUUACAAAUACGAGUUCAAUAAAAUGUGGAAAUAAAUGGA